AUGAGCUACGUCGACCUCAACGGCAUCUGGCGCAGCACGGACGCGGGCGCGGCGGGCGACUACAACUACGUCCUGGAGCUCUCCGCGGGGACGGACGGCGCGCUGACCGGGUACAUGCGGGCGCCGCAGGGGACGUUCUACCUGCGCGGCCGGAUUGAUCCAGAGCCGCGCCCGGCGGCCCGGCCCGACGGCGGCAUCGCGUUCGGGUGGACCGUCUCGCGCCGGGCCGAGCAGGUCGUCGCGGAGUCUACAACGGGGUUCGCCGCGCAGUAUUUCCCUGAGGCAGACCGGAUUGUGGCGCAGUGGAUUAUCGCGGAGAGCACCACGCCUGCGGAUACGUGGAACAGCGCGAAUGUCGGCAGCGUCGUGUACACCCGCUCGCACGGCGGCCAGCUCGAAGAGCCGAUCGCGAAUCCGGAGCCGGAGGAACAAGCACUGGCGGCGGGCACCGCGUUUGACUACACGCGGCUGACGGGCAAAUGGUACAACGAGCUCGGGUCCUGCGUGGAGCUCUCCGCGGACCGGCUAUUCGGCCUCUCGGGCAAAUACAACUCGAGCGUGGGGGAGGCAGCCUCCGAGUACUUCCUCAGCGGGACGUUCGACCGCGUGCCGCCGGCCGCCGACGGGGGCAAGGGCGUGACCCUCGGGUGGACCGUCGGGUGGAACAACACGGCGUACGGCGACAGCCACUCCGCGAGCACGUGGGCGGGGCAGGUCUUCCUCGGCCAGGACCCGGCGUGGGACAUCAUCACGACGCAGUGGCUCCUCACGGUCAGCACCGCCGCAACGCGCGUGUGGGCGUCCACCAAUUUGGGCUCGGACGUCUUUCGCCGGACGCAGCCGGAUGGGGCAACCGUGGCGCGGGUCAAAGCCGCCGGCUUCGGUGCGGCGCAUCCGAGCGUCAGCGACAUCGUCGCGAGAGGCGAGAAGUAUGCCAAGUAA